UCACGUCCGGCGCCACCCAGGGUGCAGCGGGAGCGCUGGUUGCUAUGGUGGCGCGACGGGCUCGCCCGGAUGGCGCUGCCCGUGCCGCCUCCCGCGCGCGUUUUCGCCGAGCUCUGCCCCGUUCCAGCUCCAGCCUCAGUCCCGGCCCCUCUCCCGGCGGGUGGCGGCUGCGGCCUCCCUGCGCCGUCCGGCCGGGAAGUCCACGUGAGAGGCAGCGCGGAGCUGAGCGCUGUCCCAGACCGUGCGAGGGUGUCGCUACGGCUAGGCAGCCGGAAGGGGGUGGCCGGCGCGGCGCGGAGCAGCGUGUCCCGCAGGCUGGAGUACAUCGCGCAGAGCGCCCGGCAACGCGGCGUCCCGGAAGAAAAUAUGACUGUAACAGAGGAUUUUAGCAGAGUAGAGGACACCUACCAGAUGGAAGCAGAGGUCUGUAUUAUAUUCACUGAUUUUGGAAAAAUGCAGAAUGUUUGCAAUUUACUUACUGAAAAGUUAGGAACUUCUGUUACCAUCAGCCCACCUCAUUUCUACCACACGCCAGAAGCCAUAGACACCCUUCGCCGUAGAGUGUGUGUCUCUGCUGUUGGAAACACACGGCAGAAAGCUCAAGAAGUGUGUCGGCUGUUUGGCCAGUCAUUGGGAAAGCCUUUAUUAAUAAAAGAAGAAGAAACAAAAGAAUGGAGAGGCCACAUAGACAGUCACCUAUCUAACUCCCCAGACUCACUGACACUGCAGGAAAGAAUCCAGAAUGCCACUGCUUACGCAUCUUGUAGAGUGUUUGCUGUGUUUGAGAUAAAGGGAAAAGAAAACAGAAGAAACAAGUUGCUCUAAAAAAUUUCAAAUGAUACUUAUUUUCUUAAUAAAUUUUCAUGCUUUCUUAAUAAAUAUAAAACUCAAA